GGUAAGAGCAAGGAAAUGGAAUCAUUCGAAAGCCAUACCGACGGAUGACGAAAAAAAUAACAGAUUGAUUACAAAAGUCACACAUUGCCCAGUUUGCCCUAAUUGUCCUUUAAACAAACAAUUUUGUGAGUGCUAAAGUAUACCUCCGCAAUAACGGAACGCGCACUGAAAGUACGGUCGUAGUGAGUGAAAAUCAAAACAAGUUUUCUGCUUUCGUAAGCAGUGUUAACGAUGAUUAGCGAGGACAAAGUUGGACAGCCAAGUGCUAGUGCUCUACAACCUGCGGAGGAUGAGAAUGCGAAGUCCUGCUGGGUUUGCUUCGCUACCGAGGCUGACGAUAGAUUGGCUGCCUGGGUGCAACCGUGCAAAUGUAUUGGUACCACUAAGUGGGUACACCAAAGCUGCCUCCAGCGGUGGGUGGACGAAAAACAGAGGGGCAACAUAAGCAGAAAGGUCCUGUGUCCGCAGUGCAAAGCCGAAUACAUCGUAGUGUUCCCCUCGAUGGGUGCCUUCGUCGCGCUGCUAGAUUCCCUUGAGGAGAUCACACACAAGAUUAGCCCCUUCAUAGCGGGUGGGGUGUUGCUGGGCUCUAUAUACUGGAUAGCCAUCACCUACGGCGCAGUCACAGUCAUGCAGGUAGUUGGUCACAGAGAAGGGCUAGAAAUGAUGGAGUCGGCGGAUCCCCUAGUACUUCUGGUGCUGCUGCCCACCAUCCCGGUCACGCUGAUCAGCGCCAAGAUGUACAACUGGGAGGACUCCGUGCUGCUGUUCCUAAGAAAGUACUGCGCGAAGAUUCCCGCCUUAGCCUACAUACUGCCGUUCGGCAACGUGGAAGGCGACAGGGGUGCCAUAGUAACGGGGCAGCAUAGUCACACUCACCAAAGCAGCUCGUCACAUCUGUCGCCAACCAGGAUAUUCUGCUCAGCGCUUCUCCUACCGACUAUAUCAACUAUUAUCGGCAAAAUAUUCUUUCGCUCCGUACAGAAUAAUCUGCACAGGACAAUACUGGGCGGUCUCACGUACAUAACAAUUAAAGGGGCACUAAAAAUAUACCACAAACAAAUGCUGUACAUCAGGCAUUCGAGCAGAAAGAUUCUCGAUUACACAGAGUCGAAUUUGAAACUGUAUAGGAACAACAUUAGCAGCACAACCGACACCGUAUCUAAUACUAAUGACUCGGAACAGGUGAUAUAGCGUUCGCCUAAGUUAAACUGUGAUUGUGUGAUAGAAGCGAAACUUCUUUGGUAUAUUCUCCUCAUACGCUCGUAACAAUUAUGAACCUAGUCGACAUUGGGUUACAGCGACAAAGCUUUCAGCGUUGAUAUGUGAAGCAUUCGCAAGUUGGGAUGUUUCGCUCUUCAAAUAAGAAAUCAUUGCAAUAACACCGAAAAAAAGUUGCAAGUGUCAAAUUUGACAUCUAGUGACAACCAAACGUCAUUUGAAUAUUUUGGUUUACAUCCGGCAAUUUUUUUUUCGCAAACAAAAUUGGCCACGCAUUUAUCCGUAAACUCCUAUUUUUUCUUUCUUGUGAAAAAUCACUUCAUUACAUUUUAGUAUAAAAUACGCUUUGAAAAUAACACAUUAAGGGAGAAAAUCUCUUAUUGUUUAAUUUGUUUUUAUUUAUUUUAACGUUUUUUCCUUCUAUCUUUAAAACAUAUUUUACACAAAAAAAAAAAAUUGUUUAGUGUACAUGUUUUUUCAUUAGUUAUCUUAUAUAAGACAAGUAAUACAAAACGAGUUUACAUAAUCGACUGGCAUCGAUACAAAUAAGUGUUAUAAGACCAAUAUGCAUGCCACUGGCUGUAAUAGGCCGGUAAUGGGUUGAUAUGCUCAUGAUGAAGAGAUUCCCCGGCUAAGUUUGUUGUGGGCUCUUCUUAGACCAGGGCGCGUUUGGUGCCCACCAAGCUUUAAUUUUACUAUAAUGGUAGCAUAUACGAGUAUGCUUAAACGCUUCUUAAGUGGUUGAUCAACAUGUUGAAACAUUUGUUUUAAACUUGAAUUUGCAUCUGAUUAUGUAUUAUGAUAUGAUUCCUAGGGUUCUUUUGGACCUACCAAUAAACAAUUUUAAACAAUGUGUUAAAACAUAUUUA